AAGAUCACAUAUGACUAUAUUUAGGCUUACACAUUGAGAGAAUUUGAAAAUGCUUAGAUGAACAAUUCCAAAAGUCAAAAAAUGGAUAAAGAGAUUGGGAUGGAGGUAGUACUUCCUAAUAAGAACUUAAUCAAAUCCGCACCCAAAUACCAUGACAAGUGUUUUACGUGAGUAAUUGAACGGCAAAAUCUGUCGGACCCGUCUCAGGUGGUCAUCAUCUCCGAACUCCAGAGCGCAUGUCACUUGGCUAUCAUUUCAUCCGCUCACUGCCACUCACUUCGGACCUCACCCGUCUCCUACAGGGCCGCAUUCCCACUGUUCAUCUUCUCCAAAUCCACGCUAGGGUUUUCCUCGCCGGCGCACACCAAGACAACCUCGUCGCCACUCGCCUUAUCGGUCAGUACCCGCCCAACCUCGCUCUCCGCGUUUUUCAUCAUUUGCGAAAACCCAAUCUUUUCCCCUUCAACGCCAUCACCCGGGUCUUAUCUGAAGAGGGUUUAUAUGUCGAUGCAUUCUUGGUGUACAAAAAACUUAACUUCCUGCGCCUAUCGCCUAAUGACUUGACAUUUUCUUUUCUCCUUAAAGCGUGUACCCGCGCUGGGGAUCCGAUCUGUGUUCGGCAGAUUCAUACCCAUGUUUUAAAGUUUGGGUUUUUAGUGAAUUCGUUUGUCUCUAAUGGCUUGUUGAGCGUGUAUGCCAAAACCCUGAAGGAUCUGGAAUCUGCUUCUAAGCUGUUCGAUGAAAUGCCUGAGAGGAAUGAUAUUUCUUGCUGGACUUGUCUGAUAUCUGGAUAUGCCAAGUCUGGCCAAUCUGAGAAAGCUCUGUCCACAUACUUGUCAAUGGUUAAGAAUAAUCUGAGCCCCAAAAAUGACACCAUGGUUAGCGUCCUCUCUGCUUGUUCGAAUCUUGAUUUUGUGCAGGUUGAGUAUUGGGUCAGGAAUCUGUUAGACACAGCUUACCAUUGUGGUUUGAAUGACACAAUUUGUGACUCUGUGAAAACAGUUCUUGUUUAUUUAUAUGGUAAAUGUGGAAAGGUCGAUAAGAGCAGGGAGAUAUUCGACCAGGUCUCAGCUGAUGGGAAAUCAAGUGUGGUUUCUUGGAACACCAUCAUCACUUCCCUUGUCCAAAAUGGUUUUGCUUCGGACGCUUUGGAUCUUUUCUCGCUGAUGACAAAACACCACAAAUGUAAUCCAAACCAUGUAACUCUGGUCAGCCUGCUCUCUGCUUGUGCCCAACUUGGUUGUUUGGAGCUCGGCAUUUCUCUCCACAACCACAUAAAAGCAAACCAACACGAACGCGAUGCCCACGGGCUUUUGAAUCGCAACCUUGCAACCGCAUUGAUAGACAUGUACUCCAAAUGUGGGUGCGUGGAGAAGUCAAGGGAAGUGUUUGAACAGCUGGUUUCAAAAGAUGUAGUCUCGUAUAACGCUAUGAUCAUGGGGCUGGCAGUGAAUGGUGAAGGAAACACCGCGAUGACACUUUUUGAAGAAAUGUUAGAGCUUAAGUUGCAACCCAAUGCCCAAACAUUCCUCGGUGUACUAUGCGCUUGCAGUCACUCAGGACUUCUAAAGAAAGGCCGCCAGAUGUUCCAAGAAAUGAGCCAAAGGUUCUUCAUUUCCCCUAAAAUGGAACACUACUCCUGCUACAUUGACCUUCUCUCCCGGAUGGGACACGUUGAAGAAGCACUUGAAGUGGCAACCUCAAUGCCCUUCAAACCAAACAGUUUUGUCUGGGGGGCUCUUCUAGGGGGAUGUUUGGUUCACAGGAAAAUGGAACUUGCAAACCACAUCUCGCGUAAGCUUGUCCAGGUGGAUCCGGACAGCUCAGCUGGAUACGUGAUGAUGUCGAACGCAUUUGCUGUACAUCAUCACUGGAACAAUGUUUGGAUGCUGAGGUCAUCUAUGAAAGAAAGUGGAGUAAGCAAGCAACCGGGGCGCAGCUGGAUUUGCAUGCAAGGGAAGGUUUAUGAGUUCCUUGCUGGAUCCUCUGCAUCAAAGUUUCAAGAUGAAAGAAUAUUCAGUACACUUGAGAGAUUGUUGAAGGAGAUGAAAUUGCCUGGUACAUAGGGAAUUUUUUUAAAGGUUUUUUUUGUAACUUUCAUCAAAAUAUUUAUUGCAAAUGCAAAUAGUUCCCAUUCUUGGCAUGUAUUCUUUGAUCAGCUUACAAAAUUAAUUCUGUAAUGUGUGAUUUUCUGUCAUUUCUGUGUUUUAUUUGGCAUCAUUUUUAGACUCCAUAAUUUCUAUAUUGGUGUUUUCUAGCAAAACUCACCCUCAGAAUGUAUUGCAUUAAGUUUUUGUUCUAUCAAUUGAAGUAUGAAAUGAGCUUGAUUUUUUUUGAAAUUUUAAGACAAGGAUCUAUUAAUUAGUAAUUCUUAAUCGCGUGGUGAGUUUUAUAUAGAAAAAAAAUUAAAUUGAAAGAAAUGAAAGUUGUAACAUUUG